AUGAACAAUAAAUUCUCCCGUUUCCUUGUCAAUGUCCUUGGUAGAUGGGACUCCUUCAUACCAACGUGGGGCUGCUCGUUCGCCACUGCUUCGACGUUAUUUGUGGAGCCGGAGUUGGCACUUGUUCUUCAGCUUCCCACAUAUGAUCUUGUCUUGCUUGCUGGUUGCCGUGGGUCCGACAUAUUUAACUUGACAGUGGUCUGUUGUGAGAUGGACCCAAGCGUUGAGUGGGACCUCUCUUUCUUCGUCAUAAUCAAAACUCAGCUUGAUCUUCAGGUUCUGAAUCUUCUGGCUCGGUGUCGGGUGGUGGUCCUCGAGGAUUCCUUGAAGGGGCUCCGUCUGAAAGCGUAG